UGAUUGCGUGAGCUGAACCAAAAAAGAUGUCCGGAGCCUUGAAGAGACCAUCACUGACCAGGCUGCUGAUGAAAGCCAUCCAACAGAACCACAGGUCAACCAUCCACAGCAAGCCUCCAAAGGAAAAGAUUGGACCAAUGCAGUCUGCCUUUGCCUUGUGUGUUUUUGCUGUGACUCUCCUGGCCCCGGCUGGUUGGAUCAUGCACCACGUCCCAGAAUACCGCCAGAGAUCACCACCACAUCCCUGACUUCUGAGAGAACACCGGCUUCACACUGACACUGAAGCUCUAUAACUUUGUAAGCCAGAGUAAAGCACAUGUGGAGAAUGAAGCUCCAGUUGAGACUAAAACACUGAAGUACACUGAGUUGUUGUUGUCUUUUAAAUGUAUUAACAAUUAUAAUUCCUGCUGUGUAAUGUCUUAUUUUUCUUUAAUUAACACCACAUUUUGUGAAAUAUAAAUGUUGCUUUGACACAAUUAAAAGACUGUAAAAGCUCUAAUAUAGCAUAUAGUUGAAGCCAGGAACAGGCAGCAGUAUUAGACUGUUCAUUCCUACCAUCUGCAAAAGAGACUAAAACAAUCAAAUCAUGGUCUGCCAGUGCUUCAGACCCCUUAAGUCUGCUUACCUUUAGGCUCUUCUGCUUGUAGAGCAGUGUUCUUCAGUUUUCCAGGGCCACUACCUAGCAAGUUUUUCCCUGCUCCAACACACCUGAUCCAGAUAACUGGGUCUUUAAUAGUCUUGUACGGAUCUCGAUGCCAAGCUGAUGGGGAUUCAUUCAUUUGAAUCCGGUGAAAUGGGGUAAGGUAACAUCUACAACAGGGGUGGGCCAUCCUGGUCCUUGAGUGUUUUAGAUGUUUCCCUACUGAUUCUAAUGAAUGGUCGUAGUCAGCAUGAUAUCAAGGCCUACACAAGUCUGUUAAUGACACAGCCAUUUGUAUCAGCUGAGGCAGGGGAACAUCUAAAACAUGCAGGACACUGGCAUUCAAGGACCAGGAUUGCCCAUCCCUGGUAUAAAACAAGCAGGGUAGUGGUCCUAGAGGGCUGGAAUUGAGGAACACUGUUGUAAAAGAUGCAUAUUUUCAUAUGUACACAUGCAUUAGUGAAAUAAGGAUAUUGAGUAUUAAUUUAAGUGCUUCCGGUGAUAAUGAAUAAUGAUAAUGGAGAUAAUAGUCUGCAUACAAAGCAGUUUUUGCUUGUUAUUAGAAGAAAAUGCUAAAUAUUCCGCUGAGACAUUGAAUGCAUUUCUGAAAUGUCCUAUUACAAUACUUGAAAAUAAAAUUAAGUUAAUACAUUUACAGUUAAUACCCCCCAAGAAAUGUUAUGCUUAUGACUGUGUGUGACAACCAUCUGUUGCAUGUUUAGCUUUUUAUAUGAAACACAGAUACUGACAAGCACGAGACCAUUGAGGCAAAAAACACGGAAAUCCGUAGUAUUUCUGUCCUAUAAUAACCCCAGAGAAUGAUGAAAGGGUUGUUGGAUUUCUUGAAUGACAAUUUGUCAAAGCCGGAUCAGUCCAUUUGAAAAGGUGCGUUGCAUCAGAUAUAUGUCACUAUUCCUCUCUGCUUCGGUGGAAUACAUUUCCUGAAAUUAAAAACACAUGAAUAAAAUGGGUCCUCGUUUAAUUUCCUGUAAAAGAUCACCGAGACGACCGCAUCUGCAAGCGGUCAAAUCCACCGUGUAGGGUGGUACAAUCAAGCCGAGCCUGGGCUGCCUGCAAGGGGGGAAUGUUCACUUUUUCGCGACUGAGGAAACAACGCCGGGAAGGAAAAAAACACUAAAACAAUUGACAGUCUGGGUUUUAUGUCUCCCCAAGUGUCUGCGAUAUGUCUACGAAGGCAGAGCAGUUUGCCUCUAAGAUACGAUACUUGCAAGAGUAUCACAACCGUGUGCAACACAAUAUUUACCCUGUGCCCUCCGGAACAGACAUUGCAAACACACUGAAAUACUUUUCCCAAACCUUGCUCAGCAUUCUGUCCCGCACAGGCAGGAAGGAGAACCAGGAAGCUUCCAAUUUGGCCGUGCCCAUGACCAUGUGUCUUUUUCCUGUGCCAUUCCCACUCACCCCAUCUCUAAGACCACAAGUCAGUUCCAUCAACCCUACAGUUACUCGCUCCCUCCUUUACAGCGUUCUGCGUGAUGCCCCGUCAGACCGCGGGGGGCAGGGGCAGCAGAGUCGGGACGCUCAGCUCUCAGAGUACCCCUCUCUGGACUAUCAGGGCCUGUAUGUGACCCUCGUGACCCUGCUUGACCUGGUGCCCCUGCUGCAGCACGGUCAGCAUGAUCUGGGACAGUCCAUAUUUUACACAACAGCUUGCCUCCUGCCCUUUCUCAGUGAUGAUAUUCUCAGCACUUUGCCCUAUACUAUGAUCUCCACUUUAGCCACAUUUCCCCCUUUCCUCCAUAAAGACAUCAUUGAAUACCUGAGCACCUCUUUCCUCCCCAUGGCCAUAUUGGGCUCUACCCGGAAGGAGGGCGGCGUCCCAGCCUAUGUUAAUUUGUCUGCCUCAUCUAUGCUCAUGAUUGCAAUGCAGUACACCUCAAAUCCUGUUUACCACUGUCAAUUGUUGGAGUGUCUGAUGAAGCACAAACAGGAAGUGUGGAAGGACCUGCUUUAUGUCAUAUCCUAUGGCCCAUCCCAAGUAAAACCUCCAGCUGUGCAGAUGCUGUUUCAUUACUGGCCCAACCUGAAGCCACCGGGAGCCAUCAGUGAAUAUAGAGGGCUGCAGUACACAGCCUGGAAUCCCAUCCAUUGUCAACAUAUUGAGUGCCACAAUGCCAUCAAUAAACCUGCCGUGAAGAUGUGCAUAGAUCCUACUCUCUCUGUUGCCCUUGGAGACAAGCCCCCGCCUCUCUACAUAUGCGAAGAGUGCAGCCAGAGGAUAGCUAGAGAUCAUGCUGAAUGGCUUGUAGAUGUCCUCCUGCCCCAAGCAGAGAUAUCUGCCAUUUGUCAAAAGAAGAACUGCAGCUCUCAUGUCAGGAGGGCCGUAGUCACCUGCUUCUCAGCUGGCUGCUGUGGGCGCCAUGGCAACCGGCCUGUCCGCUACUGCAAGCGUUGCCAUGUCAACCACCACAGCAGCGAGGUGGGGGCUGCGGCGGAGACCCAUCUUUACCAGACCUCGCCCCCUCCCAUCAACACCAGAGAGUGUGGAGCGGAAGAGCUGGUGUGCACGGUGGAAGCGGUGAUAAGCCUUCUGAAGGAGGCAGAAAUCCAUGCAGAGCAGCGUGAAUUUGAGCUAAACCGGCGUCGUCAGAUGGGCCUGUCUGCCUCUCAUCACUCUCUGGACAACAUUGAGUUUGAUAAUAAAGAAGAUGACCAGCACGACCAGCGCCUUCUCAGCCAGUUUGGCAUCUGGUUCCUGGUGAGUCUUUGCACCCCUAACGAGAACACGCCCACCGAGAGUCUGGCUCGUCUCGUCAGCAUGGUCUUCCAGUGGUUUCACUCCACCGCCUACAUGAUGGACGAUGAAGUUGGAAGCCUGGUGGAGAAGCUGAAGCCACAGUUCGUCACAAAGUGGCUGAAGACAGUGUGUGAAGUGCGCUUUGAUGUCAUGGUCAUGUGUUUGCUGCCCAAACCUGUAGAAUUUGCAAGGGUGGGAGGGUACUGGGACAAGACAUGCAGCACGGUGACGCAGCUGAAGGAGGGUCUGAACCGAAUCUUGUGUUUGAUACCUUACAAUGUCAUCAGUCAACCCCUGUGGGAGUGUUUUAUGCCCGAAUGGCUUGAGGCCAUCCGUACAGAGGUGCCCGACAACCAACUCAAAGAGUUCCGAGAGGUGCUCAGCAAGAUGUUUGAUAUUGAGCUGUGCCCCUUGCCCUUCUCCAUGGAAGAAAUGUUUGGCUUCAUAAGCUGCAGAUUCUCCGGAUACCCAGCAUCUGUCCAAGAGCAGGCCCUGCUGUGGCUGCAUGUGCUGUCAGAGCUGGACAUCGUCGUUCCUCUUCAGCUGCUAAUCGGGAUGUUCUCCGAUGGAGUCAACUCAUUGAAGGAACUGGCCAAUCAGAGAAAAGCACGUGUUUCAGAUCUGUCUGGCAACACCGGAGCUCGCAGGGUAAGUGUGGUGUCGGAUCCAGGGCGCCGCGGGCAGCACAACACCCUCAGCCCAUUCCCCAGCCCCUUCAGGAGCCCUUUCCGCAGCCCCCUGCGAUGCAGUCCAUUUAAAAACCUCGGUCAUGCCACGGGUCACUGCGCUCUGGACCUGGACUGCGAGGACGACGACAUGAACCUCGGCUGUUUUAUCCUCAUGUUCGACCUCAUCUUAAAGCAGAUGGAGCUGCAGGAUGACGGUGUAAUGUUGGGUCUAGACAGCAGCCUGGGGAAGGAUAUCGUGGGCAUCAUCAACAACGUCUUCCAGGCCCCAUGGGGGGGCUCACACACCUGCCAGAAGGAUGAGAAGGCCCUUGAGUGCAGCCUGUGCCAGUCCAGCAUCCUGUGCUACCAGCUGGGCUGUGAGCUUCUUGAGAGGCUGACCCCCCGGGAGGAGAUACGCCUGGUGGAGCCUACGGAUAGUUUGGAGGAAACGUUGCUCCUGAUUCAACCAGAUUUCACCGUUGGCACAGAAAAUGGAAGUGAGGAAGGAGAAAACCCCUGUGGGACAAACUCUGACAACCACAGCAAUGCCUCUCCGGAGAACGCAACCAUGAAGAAUAAUUCUGAUAAGAAGUUCUGCUACCAGGAGCUCCCUGUCUCUUUGAAGCUUAUAUACACCGUCCUGCAGGAAAUGUCCAAGUUUGAGGAGCCUGACAUCUUGUUCAACAUGUUGAACUGUCUGAAGAUCCUCUGUCUUCAAGGAGAGUGUUUGUACCUUGCUCGUAAGGACCACCCGCAGUUCCUGGCCCACAUUGAGGAGAAGAUGCUCAUCCCCAGUCUCUGGUCAAUGUUGAAGUCAGAGUUUUGCCAGCUGGCCUCCCUGGCUGUGCCACAGCUUCUCCAUGCACUGUCCCUGUCUAAUGGAGCAGACAUCUUCUGGAACCUGAUCAACACUAACUUCAACAGCAAGGACUGGAAAAUACGAUUUGAAGCUGUCGAGAAGGUUGCUGUGCUGUGUCGGUUCUUGGACAUUGGUGCGGUGACCAAAAACCACUUGCUGAAGUACGCCCUAGCCCACGCUUUCUGCUGCUUCCUGGCCUCUGUAGAAGACGUUAACCCAGCUGUGGCCACCAGGGCCAGACUGCUGCUGGACACCAUCAAGAGACCAGCCCUGCAGGGGUUGUGCUUGUGCCUGGAUUUCCAGUUUGACACUGUGGUGAGGGAUCGUCCCAUCAUUCUCAGCAAACUUCUGCUGCUACAUGUCCUGAAGAAAGACAUUCCUGCUCUUAGUUGGGAGUUCUUCGUCAACCGCUUUGAAACUUUAUCUCUGGAGGCACAGCUGCACCUUGACUGCAAUAAGGAGUUUCCCUUCCCCACUACCAUUACAGCUGUUCGGACCAAUGUGGCUAACCUUAGUGAUGCAGCAUUGUGGAAGAUACGACGAGCCCGUUUUGCCAGGAAUCGGCAGAAGAGUGUGCGUUCCUUGCGUGACAGUGUGAAAGGAGACCCGGCAGAGUCUAAACGGGCUUUUUCACUCCCAGAAUCACUGAGCAAUCGACUGCCGCUCAGGCUUACGAGGCAGGAGCACUCUGCCCCCACACUUGGAGAUAUGAUAGAGAAAGUCCUGCCAGCGCGUUUCCUGCCACACUUUAACCCUGACGCGUCAGCCCCUCUUGCAGGACAGACCCCUUCCCCCGAAGACGACGCCGUCAUCAGAGACCUGCUCCCCGAGGACGCCGGCAUCGACCACCAGACCGUUCACCAGCUCAUCAUGGUCCUCAUGAAGUUCAUGGCCAAAGAUCGGAGCAGUGCCGAGGCCGACAUCGGCAGUGCCAAGGCUUUCAACACAGUGAAGCGCCACCUCUACGUCCUGUUGGGCUACGACCAGCAGGAAGGCUGUUUCAUGAUUGCACCUCAGAAGAUGCGCACGUCCACCUGCUUCAACGCCUUCAUUGCUGGCAUUGCACAAGUGAUGGAUUACAACAUUGGCUUGGGGAAGCAGCUGCUCCCCCUGGUGGUCCAGGUUCUGAAGUACUGCACUUGUCCUCAGCUCAGACACUAUUUUCAGCAGCCGCCCAGAUGUUCCUUGUGGGCUUUGAAGCCACACAUUCGACAGAUGUGGCUCAAAGCUCUGCUAGUUAUACUGUACAAGUACCCUUACAGAGACAUGGACGGCAGUAAAGUCAUUAUCCAUCUGAUCCACAUCACCAUCAACACGUUAAACGCACAGUAUCACAGCUGUCGUCCACACGCCGCGGCAGGGCCGCUGUACAGCGACAACUCCAACAUAAGCCGCUACAGCGAGAAAGAAAAAGAGGAAGACAGUGUGUUUGAUGAGUCAGAUGUCCACGACACGCCCACCGGGGCUGCAAACAAAGAGUCUCAGACGUUCUUUGCUCGCCUGAAGAGGAUUGGUGGAAGCAAGUCUGUGAAGUAUCAGCCGGUGGAGCUGAAUGCCAAGAAAAGUGAAAUUGAGCUUUCCGAGUACCGUGAAGGGACAGCCCUCCAGGACAGCAUCCUACACUGUGUGAGGGAGGAGAGCACCAGGAAGAAGCGCCUGCAGGCCAUGCACAAGCAGAAAUCUCUGGACAUCGCCAACACUGACUCCAUCCUCUUCAGUCUGGAUGAACACCGGAGAAAGUCCUGCAUUGAUCGUUGUGACAUGCAGGUGGCCCCCACGGCUCUGCCGGCAUCCUCUGCCAUGUCUCGCAAGCAUCACGGUAAGGGAUCCUCUGACGGCUCUUCCGUUCCGGUUGAUCCUGUGGAUCGACGAGGUUCUCGGGGGGGCCAGUCAGACACGUCCAAGCCUGUCAUCCCAGAGGUCCGUCUCAGCUGCAUGGAAACCUUCGAAGACAAACUGGAUCAGGGUUCUUUAGAGGGAUCGGUACAGGAGAAGGAGGAUCAAGAUCUCAUUGACCUUUCCUCUGAUUGCACAUCAAUUUUGGAAAAACACUCCCUGCUUUCCAUGUCCGACAGCGACUCCUUGGUGUUUGAGUCACUGCCUCCUCUGAGGAUCGUGGAGAGCGAUGAAGAGUUUGACCUUAACACCAUCAUCACCACCAGGCUAAAUGGGACUCCAAAGGUCUCUGCUUCCCCCGCAAGCAGCAACACAUUAAGGCUGUCUCCUGUGGUUCAGGUGAGUGUGGAGGACUGUUCCGGUGAUAGAAAGACCUCACACUUUGCUGACAGAGAGGGAAGAUCACAGAAAGAAUUGGUGGAAAAGAGAACAAGACCUGUGACUCCCAGCACCUCUCUGGAGAUCCCUGAGCGACCAGAGAAUCUCUGUCACGACAGCCCCAUGACCCUGAAGCAGAAGAGAGAUCUGCUGAGGAAGACCCCCAAUGUCCCUGACACUUCAUUGGACGAGAUGCCUGUGACCCCAGAGCUAGUUAGGAUCUUGAUGGGACCCGAUACAAGCCCCUCUGGGAGGACCAUUUUCUUGGACAUCCCAGAAGACAAAGCAGAGCCGCUGUCCUCACCAGAGAAGAGCAAAAGUAACAGCAACGAUGAAGAAGAGUAUGGAGAUGAUGAAGAAGAUGACGACAUGGGGGAUGAAGCAGAUAGUAUCUCCAAAGCUGACUAUGGAGAUGACAACAAUGAAACUGAGUUUAAAAUCCAGAUCAUUCCCCGGCAGCGAAAGCAGAGGAAGAUAGCUGUCAGUGCCAUUCAGAGGGAAUAUCUGGACAUCUCGUUCAACACGUUCGACAAGCUCAGUGGUGAACCAGCCACUGAAUCUGAUCACAAAGUUAUGUCUACCUUGGAAAAACCACGAGAAUCUGCCUCAGCCCCAACACUUGAAGCUGUUAUGCCUGAAACAAGCCAUCGCUCUUCAGUAUCAACUCAGUAUCGUCAGGUGAAGCGAGGAUCUCUGGGGGCUCUAACAAUGAGUCAGCUGAUGAAGAGACAGCUGGAGCAUCAGUCCAGUGCACCACACAACAUCUGCACGUGGGAGACCGGUCCCACAAAGACCAGUCUUCUCUCAGCACCAAGCACAGUCAGCAUGUUUGUUCCAGCGCCGGAGGAGUUCAUCGACGAGCAGCCUACCACCAUGUCCGACAGGUGUCGGGAUUGUGCAGCCGUGUUAGAAGAAUAUGACGAGGAGACUCUCGGCCUUGCAGUGGUUGUUCUUUCCAUGUUUAUCCACCUCAGCCCUGAUUUGGCGGCUCCAAUGCUUCUCGACAUCAUGCAGUCUGUGGGCAGGUUGGCAUCUAGUGGCAAUUUCUCUGGACAAGCUGAGAGCAUGUUGAUCCCUGGCAAUGUGGCAGGUGUGGCCAAACAAUUCCUGCGCUGUGUGUUUCACCAGUUGGCUCCGAAUGGCAUUUUGCCCCAGCUCUUCCAGAGUAACAUCAAAGAUGGGAGUUUUCUGAGAACACUAGCAUCUUCUUUGAUUGAUUUCAACGAACUGAGCUCCAUAGCAGCUCUCAACAUGCUGCUCGAGGGCUUGAACAACAAAAAGAGUCUACCAGCAGGGGGCACAAUGCUGCACUGCCUGGACAACAUCGCCACCUUCAUGGAGGCUCUCCCCAUGGACUCUCCCAGCAACCUGUGGACGACCAUCUGCAACCAGUUCCAGACCUUCCUCACAAAACUGCCCUCUGUGCUUCCUCUGAAGUGUCCAAUGGAUUCCAGCUUGAGGAUUAUCAUCUGCCUUCUGAAAAUCCCCACCACAAAUGCAACUCGAAGUCUCCUGGAGCCCUUUUCCAAGCUGCUGAGCUUUGUCAUCCAGUAUGGCACUUUCAGUCUGUCAUACCUGGUAGAGCUGUGUGGACUGUGUUACAAAGGCUUCAACAAGGAGAGAGAUAAGUUCUACAUGUCCCGCAUUGUGGUGUUAGAGCUUCUGCAGGCUCUCAAGUUCAAGACUCCUGUGCCUGACACAAACUUGUUACUGCUAGUUCAGUUUGUUUGUGCAGAUAUUGGCACCCGACUAGCAGAAUCGACCAUCAUCCAAAAGCACAUGAUCUCGACGCUGCCAGUGUGUACAACGGCAGCAAUGGAAUGCAUGCGGCAGUACACAAGUGAACUCCUGGACUUCAUUGCAGAUUUGCACACACUAACUAAACUUAAAAGCCAUAUGAAGGCUUGCUGUCAGCCCCUGCACGAGGACACUUUUGGGGGCAACCUGAAAGUGGGCUUGGCACAAGUUGCUGCCAUGGAGAUCAGCAAAGGCAAUCACCGUGAUAACAAAGCUGUGGUCCGUUAUCUUCCCUGGCUUUAUCAUCCCCCAUCCACCAUGCAACAAGGGCCAAAAGAGUUUAUCGAGUGUGUAUCCCACAUCCGUCAGCUGUCCUGGCUUCUGUUGGGCUCCCUGACACACUGUGCCCUCCACCAGGGCUCCACAUCCUGCAUGCCCAUCCCUCUAGAUGCCGGCUCCCACAUCGCAGAUCAUCUGAUAGUCAUCCUGACCGGCUUCCCAGAACAGUCAAAGACGUCUGUGCUGCACAUGUGCUCACUAUUCCACGCAUUUAUGUUUGCCCAAUUGUGGACUAUCUACUGCGAGCAGGCGGCUGCUACGCCAUCCUUACAAAACCUGAACCAAACAGAGUUUUCCUCUUGCGCCAUCCUCACCGGUCUUGAGUUCUGGAGUGGGGUUACACCCAAAAUCCUACAGCUUAUGGACCACAAUAAAGUGAUGGUGGAGAUGGUGUGUCUUCAUGUCAUCAGUCUGAUGGAAGCCCUUCAAGAAUGCAACUCAACCAUAUUUGUCAAGUUAAUUCCUAUGUGGCUUCCCAUGAUUCAGUCGAACCUUAAGCAUCUAUCUGCAGGGUUGCAGCUGCGCCUGCAGGCCAUCCAGAACAGGGUGAACCACCAGUGUCUUCAGGGCCAGGCAUCGGGGGCUCCACCACUUGCCCUACGCAAAUGGCUCCAGUGCACCCAGUUUAAGAUGGCUCAAGUGGAAAUCCAGUCGUCGGAAGCUGCUUCCCAGUUCUACCCCAUGUGAUCUGCUGUGUACUCACCUACGUAGCAUUUAUUUGCUACGGCUGAAACUUGUGACCAGAAAAAAGGGAAAAAAAAGGCUCCUGCAUAAACAGAAUUCGUUUGAACUGAAUUAUUUUCAACACUUCCAGUAUGACACUUGUAUAUGUACAGCAUAUCUAUACUAUUUUAAAGCACUAGAACUGGAACUGGUGAUUAAAAGUUUGGGUAAAUGGUGUGUCAGCUGCCCAACUGAGCUUUUCAACUGAUCUGAAGAGUCAGAUGAUGGAGGAGCAUUUCUAUAGGCCAGUAUUAGUGAGGGUGUGGGAAAAAAAUAUGCUUGUUAGACCUCAAAUAUACUCUUUCUGUUACAUUCAUAUAUUGUCACUUUUUAAGUUGCUUGGUUGCAAGC